AUGAUCAAUCAAGGCUGUCUAGCAGUUUUCACCGUUUUUCUCGUCUCCGUAAAUGCUGUUGGGUUCCAGCAGUCCGUAGCAGUCAAAGGAAAAUUGUUGUGCCAUGACAAACCUGCAAGCGAUGUGAGGAUUAAGAUGUACGACAAGGACAUUCUUGUCGACACCAAAUUGGAUGACAAAACAUCUGAUUCGAAUGGAGAAUUUUAUCUUAGUGGUGGAGAUACUGAAAUUAGUUCAAUUGAUCCCAGAGUCAACAUUUAUCAUGACUGUGAUGACUCUUGGAAGCCAUGCCAACGUCGAUUGACUAUUGGAAUUCCGGACAAAUACAUCUCCAAUGGAGACAAGCCAUCAAAAGUUUUCGACCUCGGAGUGAUCCAACUAGCCGGAAAAUGGGUUGGAGAGACACGAGAUUGUCUCCACAGACACUAA